UUGAACUGUGCCCUUGGUGCCAAGGAUAUGCGUCCAUUCAUCGAAACUAUGUCAAAGUUCUCCGAAGCUCUCAUUCUGUGUUAUCCUAAUGCUGGUUUACCCAAUGCACUGGGAGGGUAUGACGAGACACCUGACGACAUGGCCAAGGCUUUGAAGCAAUUUGCAAUGGAUGGACUGGUAAAUAUUGUUGGCGGAUGUUGUGGUACUACUCCGGAUCAUAUAGCGGCUAUGGCGAAAGCCCUUAAGGGAGUUCCUCCACGUCGUCCACCUCCCGACCCAAACGCUGGCAACAUGUUGCUAUCCGGUCUUGAACCGAUGGUUGUCGGGCCAUUUACGAAUUUUGUGAAUAUUGGAGAAAGAUGCAACGUUGCUGGAUCGAGACGUUUCUGUAGACUGAUUAAGACCGAAAAUUAUGAGCAAGCAAUCGAUGUCGCUAGAGAGCAAGUUGAGAGUGGGGCGCAGGUUCUGGAUGUAAAUAUGGAUGAAGGUCUACUGGAUGGACCUUAUGCGAUGAGUAAAUUUCUCCGAUUGAUCGCUACGGAGCCGGAUGUUGCAAAGGUACCCGUCUGCAUUGACUCAUCCGAUUUCUCGGUGAUCAUCGCCGGCUUGGAGUCUAUUCAAGGGAAAUGUAUUGUGAAUUCAAUUUCUCUUAAGGAAGGAAAGCAGGCCUUCGUUGAUCGUGCUCGACUAAUCCGCAGAUAUGGUGCCGCCGUAGUGGUCAUGGCAUUCGAUGAAGAGGGACAAGCGGCAGAAACUCAACGGAAAUAUGAGAUAUGUGAACGUAGUUACAGAAUACUCACUGAAGAAGUUGGCUUUGAUCCAUGUGAUAUCAUCUUCGAUCCAAAUAUUUUGACUAUUGCAACCGGUAUGGAAGAGCAUUCCAACUACGGUGUCUACUUCAUCGAUGCAACACGAAUGAUUCGAGAAAAUCUUCCUGGAUGUCAUGUAUCUGGGGGAGUGUCGAAUAUAUCGUUUUCGUUCCGUGGAAUGGAGGCUGUUCGGGAAGCGAUGCAUUCAGUUUUUCUAUACUAUGCAAUAAAAGCUGGAAUGGAUAUGGGUAUAGUAAAUGCUGGAGCAUUACCUGUAUACGAGGAUAUUCCCAAGGAUCUCUUAUUACUGAUCGAAGAUUUGCUAUUCAAUCGUGAUCCUGAUGCAACCGAGAAAAUGCUUACCGUAGCGCAAAGUAUGAAGAAAGACGAUAAGAAAGCCGAAAAAUCCGAGGAAUGGCGAAGUCUGUCGGUCGAAGAACGCCUCAAGUACGCAUUGGUUAAGGGCAUCGACGUCCAUGUAGUGGAAGACACCGAAGAAGCCCGUUGCAUGACGGACAAAUAUCCUCGGCCAUUGAACGUGAUCGAGCGACCGUUGAUGGAUGGGAUGGCCGUCGUUGGAGAGCUAUUUGGUUCUGGAAAAAUGUUUUUGCCCCAGGUAAUCAAAUCUGCACGUGUAAUGAAGAAGGCCGUAGCGCACUUGAUACCGUUCAUGGACCAAGAACGUGAGGAGAAUAUCAAGAAACUGGGUAUAUCUGGUGAUGAGAGUCCUUACCAGGGAACAAUUGUUCUCGCUACUGUCAAAGGUGAUGUCCAUGAUAUUGGAAAGAACAUAGUGGCUGUCGUUUUGGGAUGCAAUAACUUUAAGGUAAUCGAUUUGGGCGUGAUGACACCUUGUGAAACAAUAAUCAAAACUGCUAUAGAAGAACAAGCUGACUUCAUCGGAUGUUCCGGCUUGAUUACACCGUCACUGGAUGAAAUGGUUCAUGUGGCUAAAGAAAUGCAACGUUGCGGACUUAAAAUACCAUUGCUUAUAGGCGGAGCAACUACGUCAAAAACGCAUACGGCGGUGAAAAUUGCUCCCCGUUAUCAAAGCCCAGUGAUUCAUUGCUUGGAUGCCAGUAAAUCUGUUGUUGUGUGCUCAUCCCUUACUGAUAAAACGACCCGAGAUGCUUUUAUCGCUGACCUAAGUGAGGAGUAUGAAGCGGUGGGUUCUUCGUUUUUCCCUAGAUUAUUUUAUAUCGGAACAUUACGAGUCCCUAAAGGAUCGUCGUUUCACUUCUCUCCCAACUUGAAGCCAUCGUUCCUUGGCCGGCGGAAAUUUUUGGAUUUCAAUCUUCUGAAGCCAUCGUUCCUUGGCCGGCGGAAAUUUUUGGAUUUCAAUCUUCGCGAAUUAUUACCGUAUAUCGAUUGGAAACCAUUUUUUGAUGUAUGGCAAUUACGUGGAAAAUAUCCAAACCGAGCUUAUCCACGAAUUUUCCAAGAUGAACAAGUAGGCGAAGAGGCACAGCGGGUUUACAACGUAGGUUCUUAUCCUGAAUGCAAGUCGAAUGAAAACAAAAUCCUGGUUUUUAAUCAAUCAUCGCUUUGGAAUGCGGGGUACUGCUUGCUACAUUUUCAGAUAUUUGAAGAUGGACGCAAGGUGACAACAUUUUAUGGCCUUCGGCAACAGUCUGGACGUGAUCACGAUCAACCACAUAUAUGCAUUAGCGAUUUCAUCAAGCCUCUUGAGAACGGACAACCCACUGACUAUAUGGGAUUGUUCGCCUGCAGUGCUGGUAUAGGUGCUGAAGAGUACUGUAAAGAGCUGGAGAAGAAUCAUGAUGAUUACGCUAGCAUCAUGGUUAAGAUUUUAGAGGCAGAUGCAGAUAUCCAGGGGCAGGGCUUACCAUAUGCUAGACGGCAACAUAUUCGCAUCAAAACUGCUCACCACCAUGUUCUUUUUCAGUCAAAGACGAAUGCACGAAUGCAUGGCGCACACUGA